CCCGAUUCCUUCCGCUCCACUAGAUCUGUAGUCCGGUGUAGUAGCAUCGCCUUCUCUGCUUCCCUGCACGGCGGAGAGACAGCAAGACUUGUACAGUUUGGCCAGACAAGAUCCUGCACCAUGUCUAUCCUGAAAAUCCACGCCCGCGAGAUCUUUGACUCCCGUGGCAACCCCACAGUGGAGGUCGAUCUCUACACCAAGAAAGGUCUGUUCAGAGCUGCUGUUCCCAGCGGUGCCUCCACUGGAAUCUAUGAGGCCUUGGAACUCCGCGACAAUGACAAGACCCGCUACCUGGGCAAAGGUGUCUCAAAAGCUGUUGCGCAUAUCAAUAAUACUAUUGCACCUGGCCUGGUUCGCCAGAGCGUGUCUGUGCUGGAACAGGAGAAGAUUGACAAGCUGAUGCUGGACAUGGACGGCACAGAGAACAAGUCAAAGUUUGGUGCCAACGCCAUCCUGGGUGUCUCUCUGGCCGUGUGCAAGGCCGGGGCAGCAGAGAAGGGGGUCCCCCUGUACCGUCACAUUGCCGACCUCGCCGGCAACCCUGAAGUCAUCCUCCCCGUCCCUGCCUUCAACGUCAUCAACGGUGGCUCCCACGCAGGCAACAAGCUGGCCAUGCAGGAGUUCAUGAUCCUGCCCGUGGGCGCCUCCAGCUUCAAGGAGGCCAUGCGCAUCGGCGCAGAGGUCUACCACAACCUGAAGGGCGUCAUCAAGGAGAAGUACGGCAAGGACGCCACCAACGUGGGAGACGAGGGCGGCUUCGCACCCAACAUCCUGGAGAACAAGGAAGCUCUUGAACUGCUGAAGUCUGCCAUCGCCAAAGCCGGCUACACCGACAAGAUUGUGAUCGGCAUGGACGUGGCCGCCUCUGAGUUCUACAAGGGCGGCAAGUACGACCUGGACUUCAAGUCCCCCGACGACCCCAGCCGCUACAUCUCCCCCGACGAGCUCGCCGACCUCUACAAGAGCUUCGUCAAGGACUACCCAGUGGUGUCAAUCGAGGACCCAUUCGACCAGGACGACUGGGCUGCCUGGUCCAACUUCACCGGCAGCACCAGCAUCCAGGUGGUGGGCGAUGACCUGACCGUGACCAACCCCAAACGCAUCGCCAAGGCCGUCUCCGACAAGGCCUGCAACUGCCUGCUGCUCAAGGUCAACCAGAUCGGCUCCGUCACAGAGUCCCUGCAGGCCUGCAAGAUGGCGCAGUCUAACGGCUGGGGCGUGAUGGUGAGCCAUCGCUCUGGCGAGACAGAGGACACCUUCAUCGCCGACCUGGUGGUUGGACUCUGCACCGGCCAGAUCAAGACUGGUGCUCCAUGCCGAUCUGAGCGUCUGGCCAAGUACAAUCAGCUGCUUAGGAUUGAAGAGGAGCUGGGAGACAAAGCCCGCUUCGCUGGCCAGAACUUCAGGAGGCCCAUCUGAACUGCUCCGUAGCUCCUUGGACCUCUGUCUCUCCAUUGCGCACUAGCCCCCCGACACACACACACACACACACACUCAUCAUUACUGUAGCCACGCAAAGGUUUCUUGUCCUAGAGCAGAGGGAAGUUGGAAUGGCAGAGAAAUAAAGAACAAGGUCCAAGUCUGUGCAAGGCCUCGGCAGGUCCAGCUACGUCCACCGUAGUUGGUGCCGUGCUCGGGGCCGGUAGAACAGCAAAAGCCUCACCCACCCCCCCUCGUCCUCUACGCUUUUUACUACCCGGAAAAUACCGUAGUAGUCGGUCUUUUACUUGUGUCCUCGUAAACCCAUGAGAGAUCUUCGUUUCGCUUCUUGUCAGUUGUAGUGUUUCUGGUCCUACAUUUUUGAGUAUUGUAGUAACAGAGCUAAGUUGUGGACUGUGCUGCUAGGUGUAAUGCAGUGCAGAGUUAAUGUGCUUUGUGUUGCUGUUGAACAGUUAUAGUGUUGCUCCUAUGCGUGGCAAAAAAACAAACAAAUAAACAGUGUUCCAUGAAGUGGA